CCAGACACAAGCAGCUAAAUGUUCAUUGGCCAAUAUUGAUUGAGCUCACAGCGUGGAUAUCGCAAACAAGGCCAGAAAAGAACGAGGGGAGUUAACGUCAGCGAAAAACAAAACAAAAAAGAAUAAGAAGCAGACAGAGGCUCACUGCUGCCUUGCGGCCCGGUCCAACCUGUGUUUUCUGAGUUGGUGCCCAGCGACCCUCCUGAAUGAAUGAGUGGGUGGGCCCCGACAUCAAUGUGGUGGGAUCGCUGGAAAUCCCACCCAGCGAUGAAUUCUCCAUCUCAGAGAGCUCCCACCUGUUCGAUAUUCUGGCAGAUCAGACCAGUCCUCUCCUGCAGGAUCCCGACAUCCUACCCUUCACCAGCUAUCCCAGCAUGCAGUACGUGUCCAUGGAGCCAACCAUGCCUUCCACACCAUACUACUCCAGUCAGAACUACUACCCUCAAUACGGUUCAGACGAAUGGUACUCACACACGGGGAUAUACGAACUGAGAAAAGGACCCCUGGAUGUCAGCUAUGACACUGAGAUGGAGGAGGUGUCUGCUGUGAUGCCUGCCGUGUGCAAGAGGACCCGGCACAUGUCGCAGGCUGGGAGGGUGAAAGGGAAGGAACUGUGUGUUGUGUGUGGAGACAAGGCCUCUGGAUACCACUAUAAUGCUCUCACCUGUGAGGGAUGUAAAGGUUUCUUCAGACGGAGCAUAACAAAGAAUGCUGUGUACAAAUGCAAGAGUGGCGGAAACUGUGAAAUGGACAUGUACAUGCGCAGGAAAUGCCAAGAGUGUCGGCUGAGAAAGUGCAAGGAGAUGGGCAUGCUGGCUGAAUGCCUGCUGACGGAGAUCCAGUGUAAAUCUAAAAGGCUGCGAAAGAACACCAAGACCUCCCCGGGACAGUCGACCGGAGACGAGACGGAGGGGACGGACACCGCAGACAACAAACAGGUCACCUCAACCACCAGGCUGUCAAAGGAGAAAGUCGAAAUCACCAAAGAGCAGCAGGCGCUCGUGAAGGUUGUUGUAGAAGCUUACAACAGACAUCAAAUCCCUCAAGAUGUGGCCAAGAAAUUGCUGCAGGACCAGUACAGUGCAGAGGAAAACUUCCUCCUGUUGACAGAAAUGGCAACAAGUCAAGUUCAAGUUCUGGUGGAGUUUACAAAAAAUAUUCCAGGUUUUCUCUCUCUGGAUCGCGAGGAUCAGAUCGCUCUGCUGAAGGGCUCUGCUGUGGAAGCCAUGUUUUUGCGCUCAGCUCAGGUUUUCAGCAGAAAGAUGCCAAACGGACACACAGAAGUUCUGGAGGAGAGGAUACGCAAGAGUGGUAUAUCAGAGGAAUUCAUGACACCCAUGUUCAACUUCUACAAAAGCAUCGGUGAGCUCCAGAUGGUGGAGGAGGAACAGGCUCUCCUCACCACCAUAACCAUCCUGACGCCAGAUCGGCCUUACGUGAAGGAUCAACAGGCUGUUGAGAGACUUCAGGAGACCAUUUUGGACGUGCUGAGGAAGAUGUGUGUCCUGCAGCAUCCUCAGGAUCCGCAGUACUUCGCUCGUCUCCUGGGACGCCUGACGGAGCUGAGGACGCUCAGCCACUACCAUGCGGAGAUGCUCACAUCCUGGAGAGUCAACGACCACAAAUUUACCCCGCUGCUCUGUGAGAUCUGGGACGUGCAGUGACACACAGGAAGUAAAGGAUGAACAUUUCAACCUGUGAGACAAGGUCAUGGUUCAGCCGCAGUGUGUAUUUAUAUGGAUGAUGUGAUGAUCUGGAGUUGAAUCCCCACACGAUCUGACCUCAGGAUGAGUCAUGUGUUGGGUUUAUGUUAUUAACGUGUGUUUGUUCUGCUGGUGUAGUUUUUUUUUUCUAUGACUCAAAGAAUCAUCACGUCUUUACUAUGUGAUUCUUGAGCUUCGUCUCAUUGUUGAGACGUUUGAAAUAACUUGUAGAACAUCUUGAAGUCCCACUGUGAUUAAUCAGACACGAACAAAACACUGGAAAUGAUUCACAGCAACGAUGGUGCUUGUAGGAAGGGCAGAAGUUUAGAUUUUAAUGAGGGGUUCAUUUCUUUUUUAUUUGUUAAUGUCAUCGUACUUGCUACAUGUAUUUCUGUAAAUACACAAAAGUUGCAUGUUCUGCCUCAAUAAAAAAAAAAAA